GAAUAGAUGCAACUCCCUGCUCGUAAAAAGGUACUUUUGGCAAAUGUUAUUUUCUGAGCUCCGCAAAGAGAGACAGGCUUCCUCCGUUUAUGUGGUUUUUUAAGUUACAUAUUAUUUGCAAUUAACUUCUGCAAUAACUCGAUGAACACAAAUGUGAGCUUUUAACAAGAAAAACAAAACUCAGCGUACCAUACUAUUUAUAAAGUGUUGACUGCUUGAUUCAAACACUGGCAUUAAAGAUGCACACAAGGGAAUGCUUCGUUUCAGCACCAGGGAAAGCAAUUCUGCACGGUGAACAUGCUGUGGUGCAUGGAAAGGUUGCUUUGGCUGUGAGUUUGAACCUGCGCACAUACCUGCGUCUGCAGUCAACAUCAUCUUGUAAGGUCUGCAUCAAUCUCCCCAAUAUUGACACAUUUCUGUCCUGGGAAAUAACUGCACUACAGCGUCUUUUGGUGGGUUGUAAAGAGCUGGGAGACCUCAAGGAGCUUGAUGCAGAUCUUUUGAAAAGACUUCGUGAAUUCACUGGCAUUUCAGAUGGUUCCACCGACACUAGAAGCAUGGCUGUUUUAGCUUUCCUCUACAUAUACCUGUCUGUUUUUGCAGAGGCAGAGUCUCUAGCCAGUAUCACAGUGUCUGUGUGGUCAGAACUGCCCACAGGAGCUGGUUUAGGCUCCAGUGCCGCCUAUAAUGUUUGCUUGUCUGCUGCUCUACUUUCUGCCAGAGAGAACAUAUCCUCUCCUCUCACACCUCAGCAGGAGUCAGCCAGGUGGAGUAAAGAAGAGAUGGAGCUGAUUAACAGGUGGGCGCUUAUGGGUGAGAAGAUCAUCCACGGUAACCCUUCAGGAGUAGAUAAUGCUGUGGGCACAUGGGGUGGCAUUUUAAGGUACCACGCAGGAAAUAUAACUCCACUGAGCAGGGUCCCUGUUCUGAGAAUCCUUCUCACUAACACCAAAGUACCACGCAGCACCAAGGUGCUUGUUUCAGGAGUGAAGGACAAAAUUAAUAAGUUUCCCUCUGUAAUGAAUCCAGUGCUGGAGUCAGUCAAUGCUGUGUCCUGCACCUGUGAACACACUCUCACAGAGAUGGCAACACACGGACCUUCAGCUGAGCACUACACCGUUCUGGAGGAGCUGAUUGACAUAAACCAGCACCAUCUGAAUGUGAUGGGGGUGGGUCACUCAUCUCUGGAUACACUGUGCAGAGUAACUCUGGCCAGGGGUCUCCAUAGCAAACUGACCGGAGCAGGAGGAGGCGGCUGUGGAAUCACUCUCCUGCGACCAGAGAUGGACGCUUCAGUGAUCCAGAGCACUAUUGAGGAGCUGAAGGGCUAUGGCUUUGAAUGCUGGGAGACCAGCAUCGGAGCUCCAGGCGUACAAAUGCACUCUCCUACUGCAGUCAAACAGGGUAUACUGAAGAUCCUAAACAGCUACUAAGUCACAAAUCAAAUGAACUGUACUUUUACGCCAUCAUUACGAUUAGCACAGAUGCUUGUUGCUUCCGUUACGUUGGAUUUGGGAGGGUCAUUUUCCAAGUUCAAGUCAGAAUUCAGAAUUGUAGUGUAAUUGUUAAAUUUUUAAACAAAUGUAAUUAUACGAACAUAAACAUUGAAGUUCAUUUUUACAAUAUGUUUGAGUUAUUGCAUCAUGAGUGCUAAUGCGUUGUGGAUGUUAUGUCUUAUGCAGAUCAUACUCGGUGAAGUUUUAAAAUGCCACUAGAUGGCUGCAGAGUGUAUAGGAAAGAAUGAAUGCUUUCAAGCUUGGACAGAAUGUAUGCUAUGCAAAUAAAAGUUUAUUUAAUUAAGUAUUAACAAAAUAAUUAGUAAUUUAACAAAUAUUUUUAAAAUAAACCUUUCCCUUAUUUUUCAUGGAAAGCUGUCGUACUAACAAGUUAUUUAGUGAACUCAUAACUAUUGUAGAAUAAUCAUCUCAUUUGCCAAAACACAAAUCAUAUUUCUGACCAGAACUAAUACAGCUUCAAGCAUAUUGGCCAGAGUUGAGCCGUUGCAUUGUCACUAAAGCCUGCUAAGUAAUUACAUUUCAGUUCUUUGCUCUUUGUCUGAAUAUUCUGCACCGGAAUAGUUUUGAAGCCAAGCAGUGGAUGCAAGGGCACAUUUGGCUGUCGACCAGACGCAGUCUAAGUUGAUCUGUGUAACGCAGUGAUGAAAUAAAUGCUCUGCACUUUUCACACACACAUUUAGCACAUUUCUCCGCAGUCCCGGGAGAGGGGUGUAAUUUUAGUGGUGUUUUGAGAGGAACAGAUAAAAGAGGGCUGUCUUCUGCAGACAAGACGUGGAGCUUGUGAAUUGGAAAUGGGAAUGACAUUGAAAUUAAAUUGUUCCUCUAAA